UAAUGGUGGAUAGGUAGGGAGCACGCUUAGCUCAGUUAGAGUAGCUUACGAUUUUUAGGUGAAUUUUCAGCAGUCAUCUACCAGCUGCCUUUCUCUCACAACCAGCCGCUGUGUGGUAAGGCCGCCGGCUCUUUAUUAUCGACGCCCUGGAACACGCCAAAAUGCCGAAUAUCAAGAUAUUUAGCGGGAGCUCGCAUCCGGACCUGUCUCAGAAAAUAGCCGAUCGCCUGGGACUUGAGCUGGGAAAGGUUGUGACGAAGAAAUUUAGCAACCAAGAGACGUGUGUGGAGAUAGGGGAGAGUGUACGCGGAGAAGAUGUUUACAUCGUGCAAAGUGGCUGCGGGGAGAUCAAUGAUAAUUUGAUGGAGCUGUUGAUCAUGAUCAACGCCUGUAAGAUUGCCUCAGCCUCCAGGGUCACAGCUGUCAUCCCCUGUUUUCCGUAUGCCCGGCAAGACAAGAAGGACAAGGUGGGGAGCCGUGCUCCCAUCUCUGCUAAAUUGGUGGCCAACAUGCUGUCCGUGUCCGGUGCUGACCAUAUCAUCACCAUGGACCUGCAUGCCUCACAAAUACAGGGCUUCUUCGAUAUUCCUGUUGAUAACUUGUAUGCAGAACCAGCUGUGCUUAAAUGGAUCAAAGAGAACAUCCCUGAGUGGAAAAACUGUACAAUUGUCUCACCUGACGCAGGGGGAGCCAAAAGGGUCACCUCCAUAGCAGACAGGUUGAACGUGGACUUUGCCCUCAUCCACAAGGAAAGGAAAAAGGCAAAUGAGGUGGAUCGCAUGGUUCUGGUUGGAGACGUGACCGAUAGGGUCGCCAUCCUUGUAGAUGACAUGGCUGAUACCUGUGGCACAAUUUGCCAUGCUGCUGACAAACUGAUUUCUGCUGGUGCCACAAAGGUGUAUGCCAUUCUGACACAUGGCAUCUUCUCUGGCCCAGCCAUCUCGCGUAUCAACAAUGCAUGCUUUGAAGCAGUGGUGGUCACCAAUACCAUCCCUCAGGAGGAGAAAAUGAAGCACUGCCCUAAGAUACAGGUUAUUGACAUUUCAAUGAUCCUGGCAGAGGCCAUCCGUAGAACACACAAUGGCGAGUCUGUGUCGUACCUGUUCAGCCAUGUCCCCUUGUAACACCUUGUGUUUUCCCGUCAGCCAUCUGCUGUUACACCAAAUAAGAGAAGGGUCACCCCCCACCCAAAAACAAACAUUAACAAAACUCUGCUACUACUAACUAACUACGAAAUAAGGAUUGAACAGUCAUUUCUGUUACUAAUAUUGACUCCAUCUAUAGGAAUCCCUUUCCCAUGAAGCAGUGACCCCUCAAGUCCAGGGCACCAAAGUUAUCAACGUCAAACUACAGAAUUAGGCCAGUUUAUUUAUUAUGUAUGGAUGGUUAAGUGUUUAUGCUAUGAACUUUCUCUUCCCGUCACAACAUUUUAAAUUCAGAGGUUGUCCUAACUAUUUCACCUGCCAAGGGUAAAUUAUAAGCACUUUGACAUGUUUUAAAGAGCUCAUAAAUAUCCAUAGCAGGUUACUGUGGCCAGGAAAGGCGCCUGGCCAACAUAAAGCUGUUACAGUAUUUUGACCAUGUUACAAUGAAUGAGCAGGCAAAACAGUGUGAUGUCCAUAGUUUAGUUAUUUCACAGUGCUGUUGAUUUUUUUUCCCCUGCGUUUGUUGGAAAAACAAAAGGCUUGUCAAUGAAGUGAAUGUUUUAAUGAGCUGUAGUUUACAUUGCCACUGAAGCUCCACUCAACCAAGUGUGCCUCAGCAGUCAGGAUUGAAAUGACUUCCCCUUCCCACCUUCUCCACGUUCCCCUUCUUUCAGAGCGGGUUGCGCCCUUUUGGGCCAUGAGGUUAAGGUGCAAAACAUGACCAGGAAUUGAAGGUUUCCCCCAUCAUCUUGACACAAGGCAGCAAUGCUGUAAAAAUAGCCUUAUAAAGUAAUCCUUUUUAACUAGAAAGAUGCAUGUGUGCAAUCAGUUUGAAGGGUUUUACCAGCUAAAGAGCUUGUCAAGACAUUCAAGAACACAAGACAAUGCAAUACAAGACAAUAGAAGAAAUUUAGAAAUUUUCAACUAUUGAGGCGCGCUCGUUGAGUGGGGAUGCCCAGUGUACAGGGUUUGCUCUUCGAUGUUCAAGUUCUUUAUCUUGGGAAGCUGUUGGGUUUUUGCUUUGGGGUCUCUGCGGGCUGGAGCUUCCUUUCAAAAUGUUCACCUAUUUUAUUUUUUAUUUUUUUCUUAUUAGAUUUUGACCUUCACACUUACUAUCAAUGUCUGGACGAACAAGUUGUCACAUUGCGUCCAUUGGUUUUAGCUUUCUUUUCAGUAGGUUGAAUGCGCCAGAUAAUUGAUUGCAGAAUGUGUUCUUAAAUAAAGAUUGAGAAAACCUAAA